UCUAACUAGUCACAAACAUGUGCUACUAAUUAACGAUUUCGCAAAGACUUGUGAUGAUUUACCUGUAAUGACACACCUGGCUCACCUGCCGCCACCUCUCCUGCUGUGACGCUCUUCUUGCUGGCCCUCGUGACUUGUGCGUGACCUGACCUCGCCAUGGGUAAUACCGAAAGCUCCGUAACCUCGGGGGUCAAGGCUCAGGCCAAUGCGGUGGUGGAGAUUUACAGCCUGGUGGACCUGAACGGCGGAGGCGAGCUGGUGGAGCUGAUGAAGAAAGCCAACAAGAGCAAGGACUACGGCGAGCUGGACGAGACGAUUCGCUCCAAGAUCCCGAAGUAUGCGUACGAUGGCGGGCUGGGGCGGUGUUUGCCGAUACACAAGAUGGUACUUCGCAGAAACAAGGAGAGACCGCCGAGCAAGGAGAUUACUCCUCCCAAGAACCUUCCUGACGAGGAUUCCGUGGCGGGGAAGUACGUUCCUGGGAAGAUGCCGCCUGACCGAACCACGGAUCACCUCACGUACCGCUACGUCUGCUGGGACCUGGCGCACGUGGGGGCUGUAGGAGAGAGUGUACUUCACCUGUGUGUCUUGAACGCCACUUCCGUCCACAACGACUUGGCCAAGAGACUCAUCAGGCACUUCCCGAACCUAAUCAACGAUAUCUACCUGUGUGAUGAGUAUUAUGGGGAGAGCGUCCUGCACAUCGCCAUAGUGAACGAGGAUCCUUCCAUGGUAAAGUUCCUGCUAGACAACGGUGCUAACUACCAUGAACGCUGCCUUGGGAACUUUAUGUGUCCUGAAGACCAGAAGACCUCGAGAAUGGACUCUUUGGAUCAUGAGUGGGUGGACCUGUGCUUGCAGACCAACUACGAGGGCUACGUGUAUUGGGGGGAGUACCCGCUCAGUUUCGCAGCCUGUCUGGGGCAGGAGGAGUGUUACCGGCUGAUUCUGGCGAAGGGUGCCAAUCCGGAUCUGCAGGACACGAACGGCAAUACUGUGACCCACAUGAUGGUGAUCUACGACAAAAUGGAUAUGUUCGACAUGUGUUUUGAGGCCGGCGCCACCAUCAGCGUCCGGAACCGUCAAGGCCUCAUUCCCCUCUCCCUGGCCGCCAUUCUCGCACAUCGUGAUAUUUUCUUCCACAUUCUUAACAUUGAGCGGGAGAUUUACUGGCAGAUUGGUAAUGUCACGUGUGCCGCCUACCCGCUGGAUUACCUGGACACUAUCAACGUGAACACGGGGGAGACUCAGACCAAAUCAGCCCUCAACCUCAUAGCUUACGGAAACAAGGAGGCUCACCUUGACCUGAUGGAAGGACCAAUUGUUGACCUUCUCAAGACUAAAUGGGAGACGUUCGUGAAGAAAAGGUUCAACAAUCUCUUCUUCGUGUUCCUGGCGUACUUCCUCGUGUCCUUGGUGGCGUAUGUGAGCCGGCCUGUUCCCUGCGUCCCCUCCUCCAGAUUCUUCGCCUCCCGCCGCCCGUUGUCCAUCAUGCAGCUGCCCGCUCUCAACAUCACCUGCGUCAAUGUGUCCAUCCAUCUUCACCCAGACAUGGUGAUAGAAGACCCCACGGUAACAACAGACGCCACCUUCGCCAGCCUCGUCUCCUCCGUCACGAACACCACUCACAUUGACUAUGACUUCACCACCUCCACCUCGCGCGUCACGUCGGAGCCUGAGGGGGAGAACCUGGAGGAGGACUAUCCGCCACUGUUGGGAGCUGAAGAAGAUGGGGAGGAGGACGAGGUGGUAACACAACCCCCUGAAGAUGCUGUGACGGUGCAGUACUUGGUGGAGGGGGAGACGACUCCCGUGACCUUGGGAAGUGGCUUAAAUGACCUCCUCAAUUCCACGGCGACAUCUGACCCUCUCUACGCAUCACAGCGGCCCCCUCUCGUGUUCACCUGCCACAACAAAACACACCACCUGCACCUCAAGGCCGUCAACACCUCUUUCUUCAUCACCAAGAUCAUUAGGAGAGCGAAGUACAGCAAGACACCCAAGGCGAUGCUGGCUGUCAACCCUUACGACGAUAGCAACUCCACCAACGACACCACUAGCGAGGACCCCUGCUACUGCGCCCUCUGGAGAAUCCCCAGUCCAGCCCCAGGUGAAUUACAGUUGUUCGGCUACUACCUAUCGGAGCUGCAACUUUACGUGCGGUUUGGGUGCGAGGCAGUCACACUUCUGGGCUCUCUCUCCUACUUGGUCGGCGCUGCAAACGAGGCACGCUUCCAGGGCGGCAAGAUGUUUAUCGAGAACCUGAGCACCGUCCCGUCACGCGUGCUGUUCCUGCUGGCCUGCAUAAUGGUGCUCAUAAUGUCUGGUCUACGAGCACUCUGCAUGAACGAAGGGGAGGACGUGCUGGCCGUGCUCGUGAUGCUCUGCACGGGGCCUUACUUCCUAUUCUUCUGUAGAGGCUUCAAGACGGUGGGUCCCUUCGUCACCAUGAUCUACACUAUGCUGGUUGGUGACUUGCUACGUUUCGUCACCAUCUACUUCGUCUUCAUUAUGGGAUUUUCUCAAGCGUACUUCGUCAUCUUCAACUCCUUCCACGACACCUUCGACCGUAACCAAUGCCUGACGAACCCCAUGCCUUCAGCGGCGGAGAGCGUAAUGAAAAUGUUUAUCAUGUCCUUGGGAAACUUCGGAGACACAUACGGCGCCCUCGAUUGCACAGACCACACCACCACAGGCAAGACGUUGUUCAUGGUGUUUACUGCUAUCGUGUCCAUCCUACUCAUUAACCUGCUGAUCGCCAUGAUGGGAAACACCUAUGAGAGAAUUGCAGAGAUGAAGAACGAGUGGAUGAGACAGUGGGCUCGUAUCGUGUUGGUGGUGGAGCGAGGUAUCAGCCCUGAGGAACGUCUGAAGCACCUCACAGCGUACUCUCAACCAAUGUCUGACGGGAGAAGAGCUUUAGUGCUAAGGCUGCAUCAGAAUGACGAGGAGCGGGAGGAGAUGAAGGAUAUUCUAGACAUGAAGAGAGUCCACAACAAAUACGUCCUGAGGCGAAAAAACCGGAAAAAUCCUUACGAGGACUCCGGGGAUCCCACACCGAGGGAUGCUGCGCUCGCCAACCCUGUCAAGAAAGCCUGAGUGUUUUCUCUGUCCUCCCGUUUUCUUCUACUGGGGAUUCGUGUCCUGCCUUUGAGAUGUUGUUUCCUUUAAGUGUGAUUUUUUUUUUCGCCAAUAGAUAUCCAGUUUUCUUUCGUGUAUAGUUGAUCCUCCUGUGUGACAUCCAUUUUCUGUAAGGUUGUCAAGUGGAAGGAAUAUCGCGUUUGAUUUAUGAGGCUUAUUUCCUUUCGGUUGUCUUCUAAAAGCGUACAUUUUCCUUUGUAAUAUUAUGUUAGAACAGUACCGCGUGAGAGUCUUGGAGCUCCUUUAUCUUCUUUUGGGUCCUUCUCUUGUGUGUUAAUUUUCCUCUGUAUGACCGUCGUGUAAAAUGAGGGAUUCAUGAAACUUGUUAUUUUAUGCUCUUUCUUCUGCGACUGGUUCAUAUUUUUUUUCUGCAGGGAGGUCAAGUAAGAGAAAUAUUGAGUUGGAUUGUUUAAAGCUCUUAUUUCUAUCUGCGUUAUAUUUCCAGGUUUCCUUCAUGUAGUUUUAGGUGUUUAGAAGUUCGCGGAAGUUUCAUAUUGGGUGUUAUUCGAGAAGAGUAAUGCAUCAGGUGUGUGGAGGUGAGUGAGUGUUGUUUCUUGUUACUGUAUUCGAGUAGGUAUUUAAACUCAAAUAUCAAUGACUUAUUUUGACACAUUCUCUCUCUCUCUCUCUCUCUCUCUCUCUCUCUCUCUCUCUCUCUCUCUCUCUCUCUCUCUCUCUCUCUCUGAAAGAUAUUACUGAAAGACCCUUCACCUUUACUAUCCCACGUUUUUUACUCUUUUUCCUAGUGUACCUAACAUAAUGUCGACGGAUCCCAUUAUUCAUACCCCGUAAAUAACUGAGAUUGAACUCUUUUUUUUUCACUUUUAUCCUUAAACAUUUUCACUCUACGAAUUCCGAAACUUCAGCUCUCUAUCAAAGGUGUUGUAAGGUAAUGUCAUAAUGCUUCCCCAUCCUACUUUUUAGCAUAGCUCUUACGUAAAUAAUGAGGGUAAUUAGCCGUCAUAAGAAAUUAAGGCGCACUUCCUCUUUUAUUCCAUUACAUCACGUAAAUAUGUAAAGCGCAGGUGACCGUGGUAGGCGCCGUUACCUUCAUCCUGGCGUGUUUUAAUGAGCGUUGGAGGGAGAAUAAAGACGAUGCUCACUCAAGAAGGGAUCGGCCCCAUUUCUUUUUUCCAAGUCAGUGUGCCUAAUUCUAGCUAAAUUCAGGUCUCUCUCUCUCUCUCUCUCUCUCUCUCUCUCUCUCUCUCUC